GUAAGUUCUCCCUGUCUUCGUCCGGCCUCCUGACGCCGUGCAGAACGACAUGGCCACCUGGUCUGGCGACAGCGCCGUGUUGUCGAGAUGACGCGCACGACGCUGCGACGGUAGGUAUAUAAGCCUGAGACCGAGGGCUACAUUUCCCCAGCUUCGGUCACAUCCUCAACCACACUUCACACACAACAUGCGUUUCUUCUCCAUCGCUGCUGCCCUCUCCGCGGCCACUGUCGCGCUUGCCCAGGAAGCAGCUCGCUACGGUGCCCUCACCGUCGACAGCGGCAGCAACAUCAGCGCUGGACAGACGCUGUCCCUCACCUACAACUCCACCGUUGCGCGCUACACGCCCAAGACGGUGGAUUUCGUCCUGCAGGGGACGAGGGCGAAUGGCAACCAGACGCCGUACGUUAUUCUCGAGCGCAACGACUACUCCGCGGACCAGAAGGUCCUGCAGAAGGACAUCACGUUCCCGGACGUCAAGAGCGCCAUCGGCGACGACGUCUCUAACUGGCUGGUCAUUGCGUAUAUCACCUACAACAUUGAUGACUACAACCCGCCCGUUGUCCUCUCGGGUGGCACUACGGCCGCCAUUACCAUCGUUUGAACACGGUUAAUCUAGCAUGUCAUGCUAUGGACAAGGGACUUGGAUUCGAGCACUUACAAUCUAGUUUCAAUAGCUCUAUUGCUGUGGUUGUUGGUUCUCGAGUUAGUCAAUAAGCAUCUGAUUCAUCGGCACG